AUGAAACUACAGCCAGGUUGGGCCAGUACAUUAUGCCUCUUGACCUCUUCUGCUGCGGCAGCCAUAACCCAACCGAAGCUUGACCUAAAGGACCCGCGCUUUCAGAGCUGGUCCCGUCCUGGGGCCGGUGACGUCCGCUGCGCGUGCCCGGCCCUCAACUCGCUCGCCAACCAUGGCUUCCUGCCUCACUCCGGGAAGAGGAUCAAUUCGACGAACAUCAUCAUUGCCGCCUUCAAUGCCUUUGGUUUAUCGCCCGACACCGCCGCCGUCAUCAUCACCGACGACUUGCAGAACGCAGGCGCCUCGUUCGACCUCGUCUUCGACCUCGACGACGUCCAGCGGGACAGCUGGAAUCACGAGCACGACUGCAGCUUAUCACGCCGUGACGCCGCGGAGGACCCCAGCUUCGCUUUCAACCAGGGCUCGUGGAACGAUACACUCAACGCGCUUAAGACCUGUGACAAGAUAGAUGUCAACUGCUUCGCCAAGGCAAAGGUCGCCCGCAUCAAUGCCCAGAGGAAGAAGAGGCCGGCCACAAAAUACAACCCUAUCGCCGCCGCUCACGGAGCCACGGAGAUCGGCCUGCUGCUUGGUGUCUUCAAAUCGUCGGCGGAGAAUAUGCGGUUGGCACACAUUAGGUCGCUUUUCGAAUCCGAACGCAUUCCGGUGAACCUGGGCUGGGUGCCCGUGGAGUUCGCGGCUGGAGUUGAGGACGUCUUGGAUAUUGGCACCCAAGUUCUCAAGGCGGACCCUGCCGUUUUGCAAAAUGCCGGCGGUGUUAAAGAUAUCGUUAAUGCCCUCGCGCCCCCCACUAAUGUUCCCCAGGAUCAAGUGAAGGCACUCAUCCGUGCCGCCGGCUUCCCUGAUCCUGACCAUUUAGGGCCGCCUGGUGGUGGUACCACCACCACCACCAUUGUCGCCCCCAAGCCUCCCGAUAAACCAAAAAUUCCUAGCAAACCGGCCGACCCCAAGGAUGUAAAGCAUUCCGAUGACGAUGGAGACGAUAAUGGAGAUGAUGAUGGAGACGACGAUGGAGGCGAUAAUGGAGACGAUAAUGGAGACGACGAUGGAGACGACGAUGGAGACGAUAAUGGAGACGAUGAUGACGACGAUGGAGACGACGAUGGAGACGAUAAUGGAGACGAUGAUGACGACGAUAAUGAUAACGGUGAUGACGACGAUGGAGACAACUAA